AUGGCGGCAGCCAGCGAAUUUCCGACAGAACUGGCGACCCGUCCUUUGGGCCUCACAGCUCUUAUGGGACUUGAUAUUAAUCAGAAACCUUUGCACAAAGCUAUCUGGGAGUCUUUUUCUGUGAACAGGCAUCCUGAGAGAGUUCCACUAUCUUUCAGACUUUUACCAAUUGAUCACGAAUUUCCCAAAGCAAAAUCAAAGGUGAGCUUUCCUAUCGCUUUUAAGUGUAGUUACUCUUAAAUCCUUUGAUUACGUGAAAUUCUUCUUAUUUUGGUUACAUUUAAGCUCUUUCAGUACAGUGGAAGCUCACCCUUUAAACCCGAACAUCAGUAUGAAUAUUCUCCAUACUUUUCCUAAUACUUUCCUAAGGUAACAAUCAAGAACUGUAGUUGGUGAUCAUUUCCUUUAAUCUCAUGACCUUAGCUUAAUGUUUGAUUCUGGGGUUGUAUUACAAGGAGAAAUUAGAUGCUAAAGGGUUAAAUGGACACUAUUUUCAUACAGCAAGGGUGUCUGCAUAGGAAGCUGCCACUGUUUCACUUUUCUUAUACAAUUUAAUAAAGAAAGUUCUAUGAGUGAUUUCCACAAAAUCGUCAAAAGAGUUAAUCACAAAUCAAUUGUACUCCUGGGUUUUUUUCCCAAGGAAGCAUUCUCUUGCUUCCUUGAGUUCUGACUCUCUCAAACCUUUCCCUCCAAAGAUUUCCUUAGUAAUUCUCUGUACUGUCUGGCAUACAAUUCUUAGGAUGUUAGUUCAGAGAAUCUGGAAUUGGAUCAACUAAUGAUCCUCUAAUUUUUUCUUUUUUCUCAUCACUUGUCUGCUUGAUAUUGCAUUGAAAUUUUAGAAGUAAGUUCUGUCCCUGUCACUUGUGGGAUUUGAAGUGUUAAGUGAACCUUUAUCUUUGUAGGUGUGCAUGGGGUGGCAUUAACAUUUUCCAUAAGUGAGGGUAGACACAGCCAUGAGUGGGGUCACUAACGUUGAAAAUCUUAGCAGAUAGCCAUAGCAAUGUGAGACCUCUCACAGAUGCAGUAGGCCUCCUUUAACCAGUGUUACUGAGACCUCUGCUUAUGCAAGUAUAUGCUGGCUUUUUAUCACUGAGUCUUGUUUCCUUGUAGCGUUCUACCUAUGAGUGGUACAUACCAAAGGGUAUCUUGAAGAUGAAAUGGAUGCACAAACAUCUUUAUCUCUCUCCUGCUGUGGUGGUCAUGUUUUAUGAGUUGGAUUGGGAUGACGUUCAGUGGAAAGACAGGCAAACUGAAUGUGCUUCAAAACUAGAAAGAGUCAGGUAAUAACAAGAGAGUGAGAAUUUUAUCUUACUCCUCUAUAACAAUGAACUUUCAUUAGCACUAAUGACAUGACUGAAAAUUUUUAAGUAAUAUGACAAGUGUGGUUUGAUUUUUAGACAAGAGGGUUCCAUUGUAUAUAUUGGUUUUUAUGACAUUGUACAACUCAGAAACUUUAUUCCACGCUCUCUAAUGGAUACACACACAGAAUAAUAUAUCAAACUAACACAUAAAUUUGAGCAAAAAACAAUUGUUUAAUUAACAAAAGAAAAAGACUUUUGUCCAAUCAUCAGCUUUAUUAACAAUUCCUGUGAUUUAGAGUGCUAUUCAAAGAACAACCAUGAAAUACGUUUGUCAUAACAACAGUAAGUGCUCCUGACACUCUGGAAACCUCCUUCUCUACCAAGUGACAAUCAGAUGCUUGUAAGUUAUAAUAAGAACAUUACAACUUUUGAAGUUGUUACUUUCAAACUUAUCAGCUCAUCAAAUGCAAAAAAAUAUACCCAGUACAAUGAAUAAUUUUGUAUUCUAUAACUUCAAUCCUGUACAUUAAACCAUUCAAAGCAAUCUUUUCAUUUCUGAGCAGGACCAGUCUUCAAGACCAGAACACUAAGGUUGCUGUGGUUCUUAUCCAAAAGAAUGCUCCUCUUCCUCCAGGUAAACAUCAAUAAAUACAUAGAAGUCAAAAGAUGAUGUCAUUAAGUAGAGAGUUUUAGAUCCAUGUUUAGUGUUUUCAUGCUAACGUCAAACCAUAAGUGACUGCCAGGUCUAUCUUAGAAAUCUGCCAGAGGCAUUAUGAUGAGAGUUACAUGUCAUUUAUUGAGCUAGGCAUGGGCUGGAAAAUGGAGAAAAACUGCACCCAAAGUGUUGAGUAUGACCCAAGAGUGGUGUCUGUAAUCAAGGUCAAGGGCACAGUUUCUUCCCACAUAGAAAAACACGAUUGUAAAACUGUAAGAAAAAAAUAUGUUAUUUCAUAUUAGUUCCUGUAUCCAAAGAUUUAAGUACCCUUCAUGGAGGAAAUUUAUGCUAUUAUAAUGAAUCACAGGUGAUGAUUUACAAGCACUAGAGAGGGCAGCAACACUGUGCAGUGCAUGUGACCUGUCAGCCAAAUCAUUGUUUGUCCUUCCACAUACAGAUCACUUGAUUGGCUACACAAUUAGGUAUUUGUUCAAAAUUUAUCAUUUUAGAUUGAUUUUGAUGAGAUUGGUUUUCAUUGAGUUUGCAGUUGAAUGUAAAAGCCCAACUUUUGUCAAAUAUAGGAAAAGAUUUAUUUAGUAAGAGUUUCAUAUUUUUUCUAUCAUAUUUAUUCUAGCUGAUCAAGAAAAGUUACAAAACAGGACACAAUAAAGACUAAGUUAGUUAGAAUUAUUUGGAAAAAGUGACAGUGAAGUAGAAAGAAAUUGAAAAGCUUUUACAUGAGUAAGCCUCAGACUCUAUUAACCCUUUAACUCAGUCUCAAGAUUUCAUUAGUAAUUCUCUUUACUGUCUGCCAUACAAUUCAUGUGAUGUUUGUGUGGAGAAUUUGGAAUUGGAUCAACCAAUAAUCCUCCACUGGAUAUUUUUUCUUUAUUCUCAUUACUUGUCUGCUUGAUAUUGUACUGAUGUGUAAGGAGAAAUUUUGUCUUGGUCACUAGUGGGACUUAAAGGGUUAAACUAACUUUAGACUCACUACAAGUAAUUAGUUACUUACAUGGGAUGAGAAUGUUUUAAAAAUAAGGGAAUAUCUAUCAGAAAAUCAGAUGUUAUCAGCAUUUAUCAAGACCUUCCCAAGAGAGUUAACAACCUCUCUAUUGAUUUGUGUUUUCAUCUGAUUAACCCUUAAACUCCCAGAUCAAAUUUGUAAUUCUCCUUACUGUCAACCAUACAAUUCUUAUAAUAUUAGUUUGGAGAAUUUUUUAUCAGAUCAACUAAUUAUCCCCAAAUUGAUAUUUUUCUUUAUUCUCAUCUCUAAUCUAGUUGAUAUUGUAUUGAUAUUGUAAGGAGAAAUUCUGUCUUGGUCACUCAUGGGAGUUAAACGGUUGAAUUAUCAUACUACAAGUUAUCGUAGUCAUUCAUGGGACAUGAAAUUCAUGCCGCUUCAAAAUAAAAAAGGAACUGGUUUGAAACCUUUGAGAUAAAUAUUUCUUCUUCUUCUUCUUUUUUUUUAAGGCUGGAGAAUGCUUUUUAUGAUUUAGCACAGAGUUAUUACCAUGGAGAAUGUAGGAGAGUUAAAGCCCACAAGGUGAGGUUGCAAUUCUGGAAAUUUAAGGGAGUAGGGAGAAGGUCAGGUUAUUAAAAUCCCAGCCAGGAGCAAGCAAGAAGCCUGUAUUUGCUUCAUGCUGCAGAAACUAGGGAGAUGCAGUGGCAAAUGUAAUAAACUGUGUCCACUGUUGAAUGGUCCUUGUCUAAAAUUUAUUUUCAACUGUCACUGUCUACAUCGUUUUGUACAUAGAUGAUACGUAGAUGGAUGACACAGAUUGAAGAUGAGGCCACAGUCUCUGAGUGUCUUGAACUGAAUUUUCAACUAGUCAGUAAAAGGGGAAAAGAUAGCACUCUGGUUAGCUUUUUGGACUCUUGGUUUAACUGCCUUAGUUCGACAUAAAUUCAUGCUAAAGCCAUUGGGUUUUUUAGUAGGACACUCCCCCUGUACUAAUUAAAUUUCUCUUCUCAGAUCAAGGACAGAAAAGUAUCAGUAACUAAAACUGUCUGUUGGAAAAUGUGCCAAAAUUCUGGGUCAUAUACAUGCCUGUAUAACUUGCCUGGUAGCGCAAUGUAAUGUUUCUAUAGAUUACCUUUUCACUAGCCAGAAUUACCAUCAAAAUAAUUUUAUGUUGUAGCACAAAAGGUAAAAUUUUAUCAAUAUACAGAAUGAAGUGACACUUAUUAUGUUUUCAUGCUCUUUAUGAUCAUUAGGAAUUUCUUAACAAAGGAACUCAUCAGGUGAGAACUUUAUUUUGCAAAAGUGAUCUUUGUAUUUCAAUAAUUUGAUGUGAUGGAUUCUACUCAAACUACAGAACUACAUUUAGUUAAAGGCUGAGGGAAAGAGUUACCAAGAAUUCUAAGCAGAAAAAGCUUGUUGAUGUCAGCUUUGAAGGGUGUUACUUUGAAAUGUUUCUCAUUCAGUGUCUUUUUUUUGCUACCCUCUUAUAUAUAUAUUAGUAUUAUAUUCCACCAAAGACAUCACUGACCACAUUUUGCUUUGCACAUGGCCUCAACAAUUCAUAAAUCUCUUAUUUUGCUUCUCUACUGUUGUUGUAGCUAUUGUUGGUGUGA